AUGGAUCCAGCUUCAUUAGCCAUAGGCGUCAUUCCGCUAGUAAUGCAACUAGUACAAACGGCAAACUCAAUCAGAGACCUGGCUAGAGUUUAUAAAUCAGCAGAAACGCAGCUAAAGAGUCUUCUUAACAAACUCGAUUAUAUCGAAACCAUUUGCAGUUGUCUCAAUGAACUUCUUCCUGGGCUUGAGGAUGAUUGUCGAUCCGGAGAACCUUCUGCGAAAACUCUUUUCAGCAGUCUAUACCGCAUAAUCUCCGCCUGCCAUGAGAAAGCGUCGUACAUUCACCGGAUUCUUGUUAUCAUUUAUGCCAAGCAGAAGCCAAGCCGAAACCCGCUCAAAUCUAUUGGCUCCCGGCUUUUGCGUUACAGGGACCAGGUACAGGAUUGCACUGAUGAGCUGGAUGGUUUACUCUCUUUGCUACAGUUGCAAAUAACAUCAGUGACUUUGGCAAUGAAGAUAAGAGCACCUCAGAGGAUAGCAGGACCAUCCUUCGCUACGACAGGUUUGCCAAAGACAUCUACAAGAACAUCUUCUGAGGCGGCUCUCGAGUCGUCUCGAUUGCUUUGCUCUAGGAGGCAUAGGUCCCAGGUUACUACCGAGACUUGGAGGCAAUGCUGGGAGGGAGUGGCCUUCAUUCAGAGGACAAAAGAACAAACCAAGAGCACCAUACUAACAAGCCCCGAAUUUUCCAUAAUCCAGAACGACUCCACCGUCACCUUGGGCAUAUCGUUGCUGAACUGGCAUGUGAAAUUCUCAAUGCGACAAGGAGCACUUUCCCCCUCCGCCUUCUCAUUUCAACUCCCUCGCGUUAUUUCUGCCUGUAAUAGAGGAAGUCUCUUCGAGAGAGGGAUAGAACAGGCAUUCUUGAAAGACAACCUUGAAAAGGUUCAAGAGCUCUUUAGAGAGGGCAUACUUACCCCUGCUACGAUUUUAUCGACUUUUGAUUACGAUCCAGAUAAAGAAACGUCCUUAUUAGGUUUAGCGGUCCUCACAAGAGCGAGCCGUCUCCUCGAGUUUCUCACGAAUCAAACUUCAGACAUUUUUACUAGGUCUCAUCUAUGCAGUCCAUCUUUUAGCUACUUACUGAAUCAUGCUGAAGAUGCGACACAAGUCAUUAAAUAUAUCAACCUACGGAAAGAUUUCAUUACUCCUGGAGAGUUUGGCCAGAUUUUAACAGCAUUUCGAAUGCCUUCCAAUACGAGGCUAUGUAUAGAAGCUUGUCGACAAUAUUUCGUCAACGAUUGGGAACCUUUCAAUGACGCUGUUUGGGAAUACAUCAAAGAUCAUUUCAAGCGUCUCAAAAUCGGACAUGUGAAGGGAUGGGCAGCUUUAGUGGCCGACGCUAUCUCACGAGGCUUGAAUAUCCAUCAGCGCCCUCCACUGCCAAGUUCGGAUGGUAUUUUUGUAGGAAUACUACAUUAUCACAAUGAUAGUAGCUCCAUUUUGACCCAAAUGCAUUACUGGAUAGACAUGCUGGAACUAGCCGGUGUCAACACGGAUGAUCACGUCAGGUUUGAAACUGAGUUUUGCUUUGCGACUUGGGAGGAAGACCCACCUUGGAUCAAGAUGGACUCUUCUACCUCGAAUUACAGACGAGUCCUGACUAUGGUGGAGUCAAGAGGUAGGCAACUUCCAUGUUGGGUUCAGACAGCAGAAAACGAGUGCCCUACCAGGAAUUUGUUGAACGAGUUUCAACACUUUAUGACUCCAGUUACAUUCUUUAGUUCUUAUAUGACUACAGGUAAAUGUAUAAAACAGUAUCAAGCCUGGAAGAAAGGGCAGAUCUGGGAUUUUGUCCAUGACGAAGAGAAGGCCUCGGACGGAUGGCCAUUUUGGUAUCCGUUGCAACAAUAUCCGUUACACGAAGGUAGUAAAGAGGAUAUUGUCUGGCUGAAUCGUGAAGUGGCGCUCAUGGAAAAUCGUUUUAAGCGGAAGCAGAAUCGCAAAUGGCGUAAGGCAGGACGUCAAGAAGGGUUCAGGAAAUCAAGAGUUAUUCCUGGCAGCUGGAUAUAA